GUAAAAUAACUUAAAUAGUAUGGGUUAGGCUCAGAUUAGGACAUCCUAUUAUGAUUUGGUUGAGAUUUUUUGUAAGAAAUACAUAAUGGGUGUAUGUAUAGAUAUAAUUUUGGGUUUAGGUCCAAACACAAAAACCAUUAAAAAGAUAUAUAUUUUUUCUUUAUUUUCAUGUUUUUUUGCGUUCUUUUACAACAUUUUCCGUCUCUUUCUUUUCUUAAAUCUAAGUCUCAGAUGUUUCUAAAUUUUAAUUUAAAUAUUAAAAAUGAGUGAUUUGACUACAAAAUCACAAUUGAAUCAGAAUUAUUGUAUAUAGUUCAAGGUUAGGACAUUUCAUAGCGGUUACUUCAUGUGUUGUACGUAUUAUCUUAAUCAAUCUGUAUAGAUAUGAGACUACAAUAAUUUGUAUUGGAACUUAAUUUAUUAGAAAGUAAGAGUAGCUGGCUAAAUCGUAUAACAAUCUAAAAUUCAAAAGUGUAGCCAUAUACUAAAAUGAGUGUCAAUAUUAUUUUGUGAUAUUGCAUGUGUUUGUUUAUUGAUUUGUGUUCGAUUAACUAUAAUAAAAUAUGAUUGUUUAUAUAUUCAUAUUAUGCUAACUCAGAUAAGGAUAAAACUAUUAAAACUAGAAUGAUAUAACAUGAAUGUAUCACAAUCCAGCCUACGGAUUCUGGUAUAGUAAUACCAUUUAUUCAGUUAUUUCUAAUUGUUAUUGGUUAUUUACGUUAGUGAUUGGUUAAUUAUCUGAAUUAAUGUUAAAAUCAAUUUUUACUUCCACACGUUAAACCUUAAACUAAAACCCAAUAAAAAUUCUAAACACUAGAAUCAAAGGAUAAACUCUAAAUCCAAAUGAUAUGCCCUCAACUUUAAACCCAAAGGAUAAACACUAAGCAAGCAUGCACUGGUAAUAUGAGUGAUAUUCAUCUUAAAUGAAUUAUGAGCUUGUUCUUGAGUGUCAUCCCUUAAUUUUCGCUGAAAUUUGCACUAACUUGUAUUCUCAGUGCAGUAAUAAGCAAGCCUGUGUUGGUAAUAUUUGUGAUAUUCACCUGAAGAGUCUCUCAAGAAGUUGAACCUUGGAGCAUUCGCUUGAGUAUCCCAGAGUCUCGUCUCAAAGUCCAACCCUCUAUGGAAACACAAUAAGCCACUCUUUCGGCAAGAGUUAUAGAUUAGACCCCUGCAGUUGUAUCAAGGAUGGUGAGAUCAUCUUUGUGAUCAUCAGGAUCCACAUUUACAGCAGUAUCUGAACCACCAACAGCCUCCCAUCUCCACUUCCUUGACCUUGAGCAGAGAAAUAAGUAAGCUUGAACCUGUAAUAUGUGUAACAAGGAUCUGCUUCUCUCCUCAAGCAAUUGAUUCUAUCGUCAUUGGGCAUGAUCUCACCCUCAAUCUCCAACUUAUAGCGGUUACUUCAUGUGUUAUACAUAUUUUCUUUUACUAAUCUGUAAAGAUACGAGGCUACAAGAAUUGUAUUGGAACUUAAUUUAUUAAAAGGUAAAAGUAGCUGGAUAAGUCAAAUAAAGAUAUAAAUUCAAGAGUGUAGCUAUAUACUAAAAUGUGUGUCAAUAUUAUUUUGUGAUAUUUUAUAUGUGUUUAUUUAUGUAUUUAUAUUUGAAAAACUAUAAUAAAAUAUAUGAUUGUUUUAACAUUCAUAUUCUACUAACUCAAAUAAUGAUAAAACUAUUUAAAAGUAUAAUGAUAUAACAUGAACGUGUCACAAUCCCGUCUACGGAUUAUGAUAUAAUAAUACUAAUUAUUCAGUUAUUUAUAAUUGUUAUUGAUUAUUUAUGUUAGUGGUCGGUUAAUUAUUUGAAUGAAUGUUAAACUCAAUUAUUACUUCCACCUGCUAAACCUUAAACCUAAGAACGUAGUGAAAAUUCUAAACACUAGACCUAAAGGAUAAACUCUAAAUCUCAAAUGAUAUGUUUAUAGCGAAGCGACGAAAUGGUGAAACAGGCGGAUGCUAAAGUGCGCAGGAGAGAAACUGGCACUGUGAGAUUCCGGUAACCAUCGGCGACGCCAUGGUUGAUUUGAGUGAUUGGUGUUGUGGCAAUGCUCUAAAAAUCGUUAUCGCACCAAUUUAAACUGGGCCGAGAUGAUCAUAUAAUUGGACCGAAAAAAUCCUGGGCAGAUAUAGGAAUUUUGAUUUAUAAAAGAAAAAGUAGAAACUAUAAAAGGACAAUUAUAAACUAUAAAAUCCAUACAGAAUUUAGAAUGCAUGAAACUAAAAUAAACGUAAUGAUAUUGUUAUUUUGUGUGAUUUCUUUCUACUAUAAUUUAUAGUUUAAAGUUUCAUUACGUGUAAAGUUUACGCAUUUUAAUUUAUUAAUGUUAAUUUAUUUUUGAGUUAUAAUACGGAUCUCUAAUAAAUUAUAAAAUUAAAGAUUUAUUUUUAUUUACAUAUCACACAGAUCCUAAUUGGAUUGAAAUUAUUAUGUUCCUGACUUUAGGGCAGAAAAUGGGAAACAUAUUAAUCUAAAUGAAAAUCAAUCCACGGCAUGAUAGAAGGAAAAGUGAUUGAAUUAAUCUCAUCAUGAUUUAUGAAAGGAAAGAUCAUACUUAUGCAAAUACCGGCUUUUAACUUUAAAAAAAAAAGACGUCAAAAAAAAAAUUAAAGGAAAAAGUUUGGUAUAGCAAAAAAAAAAGGUUGGGUCCUUCGAAUAUUCUGAAUUAAUUUAAUAUAUUUUUAUCAACCGAAUUAUAUUUUGUCUUCUCUCCAACAACCUUGUGGCAUUACAUAGAUGAUCAUUGCCUUGUCCAUUCUGCAACAACAUGACAUUGUAAAAAUCUCUAUUAGUGAUUCAUAUUCUAAGAACCACGUUUAUUAUAAACAUAGCCGUCUAAAAUGUCAAUAGGAUCGAUUCGUAUUCGUUCUUUUAAAAAGUUUAAAUUGAGAUUUUUAGAACAUAAUAAUUCAAAUACAGUAAAAAGGAAAACAAUUAAUAAAGAAAUAGAUGACCAACCAAAGUAAUCAUAUAAAAAGAAGAAACCAUUUUCUAUUUCUUUAGCUUCAAGCAUCUCCACAUCACUUCAUUACCACUUGAUCAAUAGAACAAAAGAAGAAAAAUAAAAAAACAGAACACAACUCACAAGCCUCUUUGUCAAUGGCUGCUCAAAUGCCCAUUGGGACACGAGGAACUAUUGGAUCGCUUGUACGUAAAGAAAUCGACUACUUCAAAAACUUCAAUACAUGUCCCCAGUACGAUCCACGGAGAGGCAAUUCUGAAGAAAACAGUAAUGGUUUUGAACAAAGAGAUCAUUCAUCACGUCUGAGUUCUUGGUUCUCUAGAACAAACUGGAGAAAGAAGAAGAAGAAGAAGCGGCAGAGUUGCGGUGGCGGUGGUAGGUUUUUGCCGAGUAUGUGCUCGGCGGUGGAGGUGUCCGGUGAGAAUCAGGUUCCCGGUUUCAAUUAUAGGAUCUUGAAGAAUGAUGAGAAGGGCUUGCGUGUGUAGAGUAUUGUUUAUGUGGAUUAAGGAUUUUCUUUUUGCUUGGUGGUCUGAUGACCAAUGACUAUGACGUAUGCUAAAGACUAAAGUUAAUUCAAUCCGGUAUGGUCUGAUUCAAGAAUUCGGUUUGGGUUAUAUUCCCGGUUGGAAAGAAAUUCCGCUCAGUAAUUAGUAUAAAUAUGC